ACUGCUUCAAUCCGGCUGGCUCGACGCUGGCCAAGCAUGGUAACUUUCCGUCCUGAUGAAAAUAUCCAAGUGCGCAGUGUCCUUGUAUUCCGUCAGAGAGCCCAGGUUUCGCAGGCAGUCCUGGAGCAUCAGCGGCGCAGAGAGGGAAGAGUGUCCUGUCCGGAGUGUGACUAUCCACGCACGUUAGGGAACCAAAGUGCGCCCCCCCCCCACUCCUCCUCCUCCUCCUCCUCCUCCCCGGUCCCGGUGAAUGACUGAUCCCCGGCAUGUGAAGCCGCUUUCUCCUUGGAUGACCUACACGCCACCUCUCCCAGGAGCAGCGGACGUCGGUUGGUUUCAGCUGAACACCUGCUGGUCAGGAGGAUCGGCGGGCUGCGUGUCAAUAUACAGCGGGCAUCACGUCAAAGCGAGCUCUCCCGCAGGCUUCAGGCCGACUCCGGAGCAGCUGACCUGGCGAGCAAAAUAAGACACGUUGCGAACAUUUUAUAAUCGUGGCUGCCGCGGACAGAGGACUGGAAGUCGCAGGGUUGGCGCUCCAUGUUUGCACCCGAUUAUUGACAAGAGAGUCGGGUCGUUCCGCAGAGACACCGCAGGAUUUCUGGAGGUUACCGGCGCUCACAUGAUGUACACAAUCACCAGAGGUCCCAGCAAACUUGUUACACAACGGAGGACAGGUCCCACACAACAGAUCGAGAGCAAAUUCGGCGACUUGAAGCUCAAGCCGACGUCUUGGCUCACGUCAAACUCACCGCCCCCAAAGAUCGUGUUCAACCGCCUCAACGGGAAGCGCUACCACAGUGCGGCCACGCAGAAAGCCGACAGCCCAGCGGAGGGAUUCACCCCAGCACAUGAGGAGAACGUCAGAUUUGUCUAUGAAGCGUGGCAGGAGGUGGAGCAGAAGCUGGGGGAAGGGGACGGUGGGGAGUCCCAGGGGCCCGUUCAGUACACCGAGAAGACCCCCAGUGCUGCGAUGAAGAACUUUGUGCCCAUAGACCUGGAUGAGUGGUGGGCUCAGCGCUUUCUUGCCAACAUUGCCAACCUGUCAUGACUGGGCGAGGCUUUGACCCAGGACAGGAAGCACUGCGUUGAUGCUCCAUCAGUGAAGGCAUCACCGGAGUGGAGAGGAGCAGAGUCCAUCUCGAAGAUCUGCAGCGCUGAAGGGUCACGUGUAAUUUGGAAUCUGAUUUGACGCCCUGUAGAGAAAACUGGGUGCACAACACAAAACCGCUUCUGAUGCAACAACACUGACAUGACUGUGAACACAGCACUGACUUGAUGUUGUGCUGCUGCAAGGGACCCGUCUCUCUCUACCUGAAUGACCUAUCGGAUAGAAGUUGUGAGAAUUUUCAUUUAAAAAAAAAAACCCGCCUCCUUUCUCGAGUGUGCUCAGCUGUAUGUACGUCUUGGCUGAUCUUUGGAUAUAAAUCUGCUGAAGGAAAAAAAAAAAAAAAGU